AUUUAAAUUCAGAUCCUGAUGACACAAGAUUGCUUCCAUACCCGGAGGACUUUAAACUUUGGUCAAACUUCGUCAACGCCCCAGGCAAACUAUAAAACUGCUCCUCCGUUUAACUAUAUUCGUAAAGUCUAUUUUUGUUCAAUAUUACUGACAUUAAAUGAUGAAGAAAAGGGCCGGUAAACAGAAUGAACCAUCCUCCGACUCCAGCAGAGCUCAGCGGACUUCCAAAUCCCAGAAGAAAAAGCAGGGAGCCCGGUCACCACCGUCCCGAGGGUGGCUAAAAAAAGGCUUAUUGGCCCUCUUUGUUAUCUUGCUUGUAGUGCCUGUCUCGGUGAAAAUGCUCCCAGAAUUAAUCCAGCACCUUGUUUACACACACAGAAUCAGGGUGCCAUUCUUUGCAGACCUCAGCCGACCUGCUGAUUUCUCCCUUAAUCACACCAUCAACAUGUACUUAACAUCAGAGGAAGGGAUUUCCCUUGGUGUAUGGCACACUGUCCCUGAAAGUCGGUGGAAGGAGGCACAGGGGAAAGACUUGGCAUGGUACCAAAACACUUUAAGCGAUGGAAGUCCAGUUUUCAUAUAUCUUCAUGGAAACACAGGCACAAGGGCAGCUCCUCAUCGGGUGGGAGUUGCAAAAAUAUUGAGUGCUCUUGGUUACCAUGUGCUGGUGCCAGACUACAGAGGUUUUGGAGACUCCACCGGAGAGCCGACUGAGGCCGGUCUGACCACUGAUGCCCUCUACAUGUACAACUGGGUCAAGGAACGCAGCAGAAACAGCCUGGUCGUCAUCUGGGGACACUCUCUUGGCACUGGAGUGACCACUAACACUGCAGUCAAACUCCUGGAGCAGGGGGUGGUGUUUGAUGGCGUGAUCCUCGAGGGUGCAUUCAAUAUCGCUCGACAGCAAAUGGGUCAAUUUAAUCCUUUUACUUGGUAUUACUGGAAAUUUCCAGGCGCUGGUUACUUAUACCGAGCACCGUGGGAGGAUAAUAAGUUUGUCUUUCCUACUGAAGAAAAUUUGAAGAAAAUGAGAAGUCCCAUACUUUUCCUUCAUUCAGAGGACGAUCACCUGGUCCCCAUUGAGAUUGCUCAGCAGAUGUACGAGGUGGCUGCGCGUGCCCAGAAUGCAGAGAGAGUCAAGCUGGUGACAUUUGAAGGGUCUCUGGGAUAUCUGCACAAUGGCUUAUACAGAGACUCCCGUCUGCCUGACAUCAUAAAGAGCUUCAUGCUGUCUUUGUAAUGCUGGAAAGACGACUGAAGCAGAAAGACACAGAGAACACUGAUCUGACGAGUUGCUGUGCAUAAUUUGCAAAAAAAAAAAAAAAAUUUACUUGAAAUAUCUUCCUAUGAAUUCUGAACACUGUGAAUUAAAUGAGGUUUUUUUUAAUAUAUAUAAACUGAAGGAAUUUUUUUAUGCUUUUAUAAAAUUGUGUUUCUAAAUGAGCUGCAGCUUUAAGAUUGAUGGUUUUUGUGAUUAUUAAUAGGAACUGGAAAUGUAUCUACAGUGCGACAUGAGCACAGUAAAUACCCUCUACUGUUGUCUGCUGCUUGUGCUCAUUUUCUGCUUAAUGCUAGAUAAUCAGUCAGUUAAUCCGAGCUUUUGGAUAUUUAGGUGACAUUUCAUGGUAAUUCAAGGAAAACAGCAAAAACGUGUCAGUUGUUUGUUCAGUAGUCUUUGUCAUCCCAAGUGUGGUUUUUAAAAAAAAAGCAAGCCAGGAAUUCUGAGCUGCAUCAUCUAAACCACAGAAUAUGUAGAGCAUACAGAUGAGUUUAGAAGAUUUCAUUUUCAUGUUUGCCUUGUUAAAAAUAGCCAUAAUAUGGGCCCUCUAAAGACUGCUAUAGCUACAACAGAUAGGGCACAUUACCAGCAUUUUAAGGUUUUGUUCUUUAAAAUGAUUUCAAAUGAUUUCUCUCACUGUAAGGAAAUAUUGUAUUCAUACAUGUAUUCAUUAAAGCUAUGUUGACUG